AUGGCUAUUCCUCCAAUUGAUGAAAACGGGUGGCGUUUAUAUGAUGGGGAGUUACAUAUCGUGUGGAUGACCACUCCUCCUGCGCCAGAUUCGCUGCUUGAGUGCAUCAACUGUGGUUGCAAGACUGGUUGCAAAACCCAACGUUGUUCAUGCAUGAAAGUUGCGUUACAAUGUACAGAUGUAUGCACUUGUGUGGGCAGCACCAAUGGAAAAGAUAGUGACGAACUGUCAGAGGUAGAGUAUGAUAUCGGGGACUGGCUAAACAGAGAGUUAUGAAAUGGAGAGUUAUCUCGGAGAGUUAAGAUUUCGGCGAGUUAUGUUCGAACCACGCCCAAACCACGCCCACUUUUCCCAACGACCACACCUAUUUUCUUAACUCUCUCGACGUUUCCUUGAACUAACAUGAGAGAGUUAUGUUUGACGUAACUCUCUCUCAUGAUUGUGGCAAUGAAGAGAGUUAUGUCAGUUUUUUGAAAAAAACUUUCACAUAUUAGUAAAUUUUUGUAAAUUUAUUUUUUUCUUUAGUACUUACCAAGUUCAUCUAUAUGUAAAUGUUUAUAUACAUGCUCACUUGGAUUAUCUAGCAAGACCAGCGUUCAGAUACAGCUCUCGUAUUAGAUAGAACCAGAAAACCUUUCCAAUGUAAUGCCCUAUUGGCUGAUCUGGGAAAGUAUUUCCAAAACCUGGAUUGCUGAAAGAUUCAAUUUUCUUAAUUUUCUUGCAACUAUGCUUACUGUAUUUACUGCCAAAUACACGUCAAAUCAUGCUUCUGGGGGUACCUUUGAAAUCAACUGUUGUUUCUAGAUAUCUGUAUGUAACCUAUAUGUUAAAAGGGCCCGCAGUAAUUGGUUUUAACUGUUGUGGUAUACCCGUCAUUUGUCACUUGUAUCAUUUUGUAUUUGUGUUGUAUGCAUGUCAUUCGUGUAAUUUUACCUGGCGAAGUUGAAUAAAUAAAUUAUCAUUUUUAUAACUCUCCGCGUUCAGGAUUACGGCAAUGAAUAGAGUUAAGUCAGUUUUUUGAGAAAACCUUAGUAAAGCUUGUUUCUUCAGGUUUUCAUCUUAUAUUUUGGUAUUUCAGUUUGUAGCGUGUCAAUAGCGUGUGUCCAAACAGGAAAUAUAACUUGAGUCGGUCAAAACAAUGAGAUGCUUGCAUCAGAAGGGUCAAAGGUACCCCCAGAAGCAUGAUUUGUCGUGUAUUUGGCAGUAAAUACGGUAAGCAUAGUUGCAAGAAAGUUGCUAGAAAAUUAAGAAAAUUGAAUCUUUCAGCAAUCCAGAUUUUGGAAAUACUUUCCCAGAUCAGCCAAUAGGGCAUUACAUUGGAAAGGUUUCCUGGUUCUAUCUAAUACGAGGGCUGUAUCUGAAUGCUGGUCUUGCUACAUAAUCCAAGUGAGCAUGUAUAUAAACAUUUACAUAUAGAUGAACUUGGUAAGUACUAAAGAAAAAAAUAAAUUUACAAAAAUUUACUAAUAUGUGAAAGUUUUUUUCAAAAAACUGACAUAACUCUCUUCAUUGCCGCAAUCAUGAGAGAGAGUUACGUCAAACAUAACUCUCUCAUGUUAGUUCAAGGAAACGUCGAGAGAGUUAAGAAAAUGGGUGUGUUCGUUGGGAAAAGUGGGCGUGGUUUGGGCGUGGUUCGAACAUAACUCGCCGAAAUCUUAACUCUCCGAGAUAACUCUCCAUUUAAUAACUCUCUGUUUAGCCAGUCCCCGAUAUCAUACUCUACCUCUGACAGUUCGUCACUAUCUUUUCCAAUGGUGCAGCCCACACAAGUGCAUACAUCUGUACAUUGUAACGCAACUUUCAUGCAUGAACAACGUUGGGUUUUGCAACCAGUCUUGCAACCACAGUUGAUGCACUCAAGCAACGAAUCUGGCGCAGGAGGAGUGGUCAUCCACACGAUAUGUAACUCCCCAUCAUAUAAACGCCACCCAUUUUCAUCAAUUGGAGGAAUAGCCAUUUCUGCGUCAAGUGAUUGGAGCCAAAUAGCUGCUUGAUAGUUUUCACGGCGUAUGUGUUGCAGCAAACUGUCGCACGUUGGCGGUAGUUGAUCAUCAGAGCACUUUUCCUGCUUGAAUAACGCGAAUCUACAUACUUUACUCAUGUAAACAUGUAACCGUAGUGAGUAUUUUUUGUUAAAGUUUAUCAAACGGUAUUUGGAGCAGCUCCAAUUCCAGACAAAUGAUAAUUGGAUAGAAAUAAGCCCCAGCGAGGAGGCUUAAUACAGAAGUUAUUGUCUUCACUGAAUACUGGGUUCAUUCAUAAUUAUAAUCUAGCAAAGUAUAUAAUCUAGCAAAGUAUAUAUAUAUAUAUAUAUAUAUAUAUAUAUAUAUAUAUAUAUAUAUAUAUAUAUAUAUAUAUAUAUAUAUAUAUAUAUAUAUAUAUAUUCCUAUAAAUACUUUUAUUUCUUAUAUUUUCGCAUAUGCACAUUAAUUAAAGAGGUAGAAAAUUGUAAUGAAACAGCUAGCCCUUUUUCAACUAAAUAGCGCAAAAUUGAUGGGAAGGGCCUGAAACGAGUUUGUUUAAUAUAUGUUACAUGAAGUAUCCAUGGAAAUGUCGGAAAAAAAUGGCGUCUUUCAAAUUUUUUAAAGACUCAUCGUUGUCGAAAUUCAAACGCAUGUAGCUAAAAAACUGCGACGUGUUGGAAGUGUAAACAAACAGAAAUGUGCUUGGUGAGUAAAAAUCUACAUAUUUUUGAUAUUGAAAACUAGUUGCGUUUGGUGAAUUCAAUUGCUGAACGAUAAUCGACCAGGGAAUACGGACUAUGACCAAAACACACAGCGAGCAAACCACGCAGCAAUCACACGCAAUCGUUUUCCACGCCCUUACGUAACCGGUCAUGCAUGUGAAAAUAUGCAGGACUGCUCAGUUGCCAAGGUAACAAAGCCAAUAACAUACGAGAAAAUUUAGCGAAAAUAUCGACCUAAAGACCACUGAUUCGUGUAAACAAAAUAAUAAAUAAAAUACUUAGGCAUAGAAGUGCAAAGAUAAAGUAUAAUUCUGUUGUAAACAAUAAUACGGAACUGAUUUUUAAACAUUUUUGGGGAAAUUUUUAGUCAUGCACUGCAUGACCUGCAUGACCGCUGGCUUCGCCACUGACUAGUUUGGCUGUUCUUUCAGCGUCGUGUGUCCAAAAUUCGUCAAAGAUUUGAUAAAGACCUUUCAAAAUACUAUAUUUGUUUGAUUUAUUUUCUGCCAUAAAGCAUAAAAGAAAAGAAAUUUGGAUUUGUUACGUGCGUUUGACCUUUAUAUUAUUAUCCCCCCCUGUUUAUGUGAACUUGCAACCAAUCAAAAUCUUAGGGCCUGAACUUCAGGUUAAAUCUACAGGCACGAUGAUUUAUAUUUGAAGUAUUCAAGCGCCAACAGCGGUAUAUAUUUAUUAUAUAGUUUUCUUUAUUUUUCUUCAUUUUAAAUACUACUACUGUAUUUCUGGACCGCUCGGCCCCUCCAGGUAAUGAAAAUUUAUAUUAAUACGUGCAAAAAAUUACCAGAACCCGCGCCCGCCUCACAAAAUGAACCAAUUUCAUUGCCCGACAUAUACAAGUGAUCUAUGGUCACAACCGCUAAUUACAGACGUCUGCAUGGUAUUUCUAUAAUUAUAUUGGAACGAAACAUUAUUUCUUUUUUUAAAGAAAUAUUUUCUUGUUUUAUCUCCGAAGAGAUUGUUUUUUUUUUAUCUCCGAAGAGAUUGUUUUGCUCUCCGAAGAGAUUGUUUUGAUCUCCGAAGAGAUUGACUACUUACCAGAUGAGGAUAAGUUUCCAUGUUGAUAGUAGAAAGGCGAGAAAAUAAGAGACUAAAGACAGCAAUUCAAGAUAUUCUCGAAUUCAAAAUGGCGAACACUUGACAACACGAGGCCAUCAGCCCGCCAUCUCUGCCCGUUCGCAGGUUAGGUGUGUGCAUGAUGUAAGCUAAUCGCCGAUUGGCUUUUAAACUAUAUAAGCUCGUCGCUGAAUGGCUAGGGAUACGGUAACAGUACGGUACGCUUGCGAUAACAAUAUAUCUGCUUCGCAGAUACAAAAAUUAUCGUGUUACCAUGACAACUACUUUAGAUACUUCAUGUUCGGAAAAUACAAUGGUUUUGUCAGCAAGGCGAGGGUUUCUGCAUGCAUGUAUUUUCUAGUACAGUAAAUAAGUAAAAUUGUACUAACCACUGGGCUUGUAAUUUCAUUCAAUAUAAUUUCCUGAAGUACCACACAUUUCAUUGUUUAAGGUUGGACCAGAUGAAUGUAUUAAGCUUUCAGACAUUGGCAUUAUCGGUCAGAAUGAAGUAACCAAGAGUAGUAUGGUUUAUGCAGCACCCGAAGUACUUCAGUCAUGCAAGUACAGCACCACUAGCGAUGUAUACAGUCUUGGUCUCGUGUUCUGGGAAAUGUGGUAUAGUAGCAAGGUUUUCUCGGAAAUUUUGCCACUUGAAAAGCGCGAAUUCAUGACAAAAGUCGUCGGUGGGUAUCGGCCACAACAACACGAAUGCAAGAUCACCUUGGCAAAAGUCCAAACUAUCAUUAACUACUGUUGGGCUGGAAAUGAAGAAAUGCGCAUCACGGCAUCACGAUGUUACAUUAAUCUCUUCGAUGUACUAAAGGAAUUCAGGGAAACUAAUAACCAUUAA